GAGGAGGCAGCAAAAUCUUUUUGCUGUCCAGGCACCAUUCAUUAUGUUUGACUCAAAAAUGUUUCGCUUAACAAAAGUAUCCCUCGAUUCAAACCCCUCUUGACACAUUUAUUGGCAAUUUUUAUCUGGUUUAGAAUAUUCAGCAGUAAGAUUAGGUACGCUUUGUUUGACUUCAAGUAAACACAAUCUGGCUGUAUUAGUGAAUAUUUGUGGCUGUACAAACAUCAAGCUUAGCGUCUUGAACACUUUCCCAGCGUUAUUUAAUACUUCAAUUUUCUAUUUCCUGGUUAUGGACCUCUCAUCGAAAGCAAUACAACUCCUUUUAAGCGACAUUGAUCAUCUCUUCAGAUUCCACAACAAAAUGUCUAAUUCAUCCUCAUCAAGCGCCAGACCCUCAGUAACUCCUGGUAUCCAAAUUCGAGCUAUGAAUAUCUCAGAUGGCUCACCUCCUUUUCUUUGCAAGACGAAUCUCCGAAUCGUCCCACCGCAAGACUUCUCCUCGAUUUCGGCUACGCUCAUUCAGGCCAUCAAUACUCAAGCUUUGUCUGAGAACUCUUCGCGCGUAGGAGAUAUAUCCAUCUUCAUCCACUGGGCAGGAGAAACCCCCGAUAAAUACGCCUACCAAACGGCAUCUAGAUGCUGGAACAAUAUCUCAUUAGAAUUGAUGCUCCUAUCCAAGAAAGAAUUCUCCACCGAUAGUCCAGAUGAAUUGAAGGGUCUCUGGAUAUUUCUGGCUCAAAGAAAAUACCGAGAUGAGAUCUUCUGCGUUUUCGAGACAUCGCCUACCCCGCCACCUGAUUGCACUUCCGAGCCAGAGAAUGAUAUCGAAAGGGACAUAGAUUAUUCACUCUGAUUGUGAAAACGAAAGUCGUUGAGAUACGUUGAUGUCGGGCAAUGCCCUUUGACUUGAUGAUCACUAUUUCAGACAGGAUGUUUCUCAAUUCGAAAACCCCGGUUGAAAGCGAUGCCUAGCAUCACAGAUCAUAUGUUUACAUACCGAACACUUGACAAAUCAAGCAGUUCAACUCCUACUUUUUGGUCCUUUAAAUAUAAGUGCA